ACAAACUUUAUAUAUAUAUUGAAAUAUUCCCACAUGUAUUGUCUUAGCUAAUGCAAUUGUUCUCCAUCUCCCAUUUGCUUCUCCAACAUCUUCCUUUGGUUUCACUCAAAGAACACAACGUUAGUCUUAAAACAACUUCAUACCAUUAGUCGAACUACUGAACUCAAUCACUUGUUGUCGUUUACUCUUAAAUUUUCUAUCAAGACCCGUCCUACAUCCUACCUACCCUAACAUAAUCGUCACGACCCAAAAUUCCAAGAAAAUGGAUCAAUUGCAACCACAACAACCAGUUCAAGUUUAUCCAAACAAUCCAAACAACUUCCCUAACCAACCAAACAAUAUGCCAAUGACUCAAUCUUCUUCUUCUCAUAACUCAUCAAAUGGUUCAUUUGUGAGUGUUUUUGUUGUCCUAGCUAUUGUUUUUGUCAUAUCUGUUAUUGCUUGUGUUGUGGGACGUUUAUGUAGCAAGAAAAGCAAUGGACCUAAGGUGAAGAAAAGUCAUGGUCAGCAACAAAAACAAAAAGAGGGAAAACAUAAUAAGCACAAUGAGUUUCAUAAUAAAAGAGAAGGAGGGGAUAUAGAAUUUGGAUUUGAUAAGAAAAUUGCAAGUUCUAAAGUGGCUGCAGCACAUGGAGAUAAUCAUUAUAAGGGGCCUAAGCCUUAUAAGAAUGCUAGUGGAGGUAAAGGGGGAGUUAGAUUUUCUGAUAAUCAUAUUGAUUUCAAGCUUGGUCCAUGAAAAUUUGUAGAAAAAAAAUAUAUGUUCAUAGAUGAACUCUCUCUAUGUACUAAUUACUUUGGUAGUAGUUUUUUUUUUUUUUUUUUUUUAAAAUGGGGGG